CUACACUGUUGAGUCAAGUGGUAGAACUGACAUUGGCCAUCGUGUACUACGUGUUAUUGACCCCCAACAUUAUUCCGCGGCACUGGCCGGUGAGAUAAUGAAGGGUAGAUCCAUCGAUUACCGCAGGAUACCUAUUUUGAGACCGGUGCCCCAUCAAGUCCCACGAAUAAGCUUCAACUUUUCUUACCCCCCCUGCCCAUGUUGGCCCUCGAAUUUCCCAGUGUCUUACAGAUAGCGGACGUUCAUCGCCGCAUUCCCCGCUCAUGGCCAUCGAUAAUAUUGUCUAAACAUGGACGCAAUCCACAUCAUCGAUGGUUCGGGAACUUUCGGAGGCUGUGAAUCCAUGAUUUGAGCCGUUCUCCGUAGUUCUUUUGCGAGCUGCCGGAGCCUUUCAACAUCCGAAUCGGUCUUUGAAACCAUCAGUACACAGCUUCCAGUCAGAUUUCUGACUAUGGAGACAUGUAAAGAGCUCACCUCUGGAGACGAGUCCUUAUCAGGAAGAAUCGGCGAUGAUGAGCCGGGCCAACUUUUCGGAACCCAUCAUCUCGUGUUCAAAGGAUGAGUCAAGUGCUCGAUCUUCCUCGUCCGCGUCCUCACUCUCAUGGGCGCUUAUUGUGCCUCGAGGCAGCAUGUCGUCAAAUUUGGCGCACCAACUGAAUAGAAUGACGGGGGACUCAAUCGAUGACCAUGUGUAGUUCAGCUCGUGAAAUCUAGGGCUAUGAACUUUACAGAGCCUGGAUGAACACUUUGGGACUGAUGUCGCGGAGUUCACGGCCAGGCGGCUGGAGUGACACUCACUGUCCACGCAUCCGGCGGCCCGCUCGGUGAUAUCGUCGUGCCAUUCGUAGACCAGAUGACUGGUUACCAUGCCGGAACCCCAGAAACGUUCUCAGAAGCCAUCGACGCCUGUUUCCGGCUGUCUGCCGCGGAGGAUCUCGUUAUCUGCCAGCGCGCGAGAGCCAGCUGUUCAGCGCUUCAGCGGAGCAGAGUUUGAGGUGAGGAGGGAGGACAGCUGGUGGUCGAUGUUGCUUGGAGG